AUGGCACCCACAGGUCCAAUCACGACGCCCAUAACUACCCUUCUAGGGGUUAAACAUCCUAUCCUCCUUGCUGGUAUGGCCCGCACGUCUGGCGGACUUCUCGCUGCCGCUGUUUCCAAUGCAGGAGGCCUCGGUGUCAUUGGUGGCUUCCAGUACACCCCGGAUCAGCUGCGAGAGAUCAUCGCCGAGAUGAAGGAGAACUUCAAGUCCCCAGAUCUCCCAUUUGGCGUCGACCUCGCCCUCCCCCAAGUUGGCGGCAACGCACGCAAGACCAACCACGACUACACGGGUGGCAAGCUCGACGAGCUCAUCGACAUCACAAUCGAGUCCGGCGCCCGUCUCUUCGUCAGCGCCGUCGGUGUGCCCCCCAAGCACGUUAUUGACAAGCUACAUAACGCGGGCAUCUAUGUCAUGAACAUGGUUGGCCAUCCGAAGCACGCCGUCAAGGCGCUAGAUCUCGGCGUUGAUAUUAUUUGCGCGCAGGGAGGCGAGGGAGGCGGACACACUGGUGAUGUGGCCAACUCAGUUCUCAUUCCGGCCGUUGUGGAUGUGGCAAGGAGGUACCGACCCAAGAUGCUGAACGGGGGAACUGCGCUUGUGAUCGCUGCGGGAGGUAUUUAUAACGGUCGGUCGUUGGCGAGUUCGCUCAUGCAGGGCGCUGUAGGCGUAUGGGUUGGCACUCGCUUCGUGGCCUCUGUCGAGGCUGGGUGCAGUCAAGAGCACAAGGAGGAGGUUGUAUCAUGUGGGUUCGACGGCACGGAACGCACACUUGUGUUGUCUGGCAGACCGCUACGGAUGAAGACCAACGAGUAUAUUCGCAAGUGGCACUCGCAGCCAGACCGUGUCAAGCAGCUUUGUGACCAGGGUAUCGUUCCUAUCGAGUUUGAUUUCAAUGAGGGCAACGACGUCGAUCCGCCUCACCUCAUGGGACAAGUGGCUGGUGCCAUCGAUAAGAUUCAGCCAGCAGGAGAGAUUGUGGAUGAAAUGGUCAAGGAAGCGGUCGACAUGUUGAAACUCGGAAGUGUAUAUUUGGGUAACGAGCGAAGCAGGCUAUGA